AUGGCAGAGUCCAGGAAACGCUGCGCAGGCCGGGCUGGGAGCAACACCUUGCGGGUGCCCCGGGACCUGCAGCUGCCGCCGACCAAGAGAGACCAGCCGGCCUUCCGAGAACAAAGAAAACAAAAACUCAAGGAAUAUCUGUUAAUACGAAAAACAAUGUUUCCAUACAAACAAGAAAAUCAGAUAUCCAGAGAACAGAAAGUGAUGACAUCUGAAGAUCAGGCCCAAGAACGGAAGAAAGUUCUGAAACUCAAAACAGAAAUGGCUGAUAAAGAAAAUAUUGGAAACAUGAUUGAAAAAAACUGCAUUCCAUUAAAAGCUGAUGAAGCAGCCAGUUCAGAAAUACACAACUUGAAGGAUAAUAUUCAAGCUGUGCAGUUAUUACCAACUAGAGAUGAUUCCCAAGGUCAGACUAUGACACCAGACCAGACAUGUCACCUUAAAGAUAAUAAAAAGAUGCAAGCAACUGCAGAAAAGCCCAGACAGGAUGCCAGCAUACCUAAAAAACGAGUGCUUGGCUAUUAUCAUGGCCAGGUUGUUCAGUCUAAGAUUAAUUCUUUUAGAAAGCUUCCGAAUGUCAAAGGUGAGAGUCCUUCAGCAACCAAGAAACUUCCCCCUGCUGUGUCUAAAGCCACAAAGGCUCAGUCUGCACCUGUAAACUCCGUCAGUAUAAGAGCCUCAAGUGUGACCGCAACCACCAAGUUUGUAAGCACUAAGGCUAUGAGCACUAAGUCUGAGAACACUACAUCCAAGAACACACUUGUACGACCACCUAUUAGAAGCCUCCACAGUAGUACCAUCAGAAAAGCGCCGCUUGGAAAAGAAUUACAGCGGUCAGAACCGGCUGUAACUUUUGUCAAUACCCGACUUUCUCAGGACACAAAAAGAGAUAAGGCACCAUCAAGAAGUAUAACAUCUGAAGGUGUAUCCCGGACUCAUUUGUCUAACACCAGACUGAUAGAAAAGUCAGAAAAUGUGGACCGGCGCAGAUGCACAAUAGCAGGGACAACUGUUCCUAGAUCAGUUCAGCCCAAAGAAACCACAGGAGAGAGAAAAGCUCCAGUGACUGAGUGGAGAACUGGCAAAGGAAAAGGGCUAAAGAGGCCUCCUAACUUAAUAGCGAAUCAGUCUGAGCCAAAGGGACAGAAGGCAAGCCCGGUUGGGUCCUUUUGGACUACCAUGGCAGAAGAAGAUGAACAGAGAUUAUUUACUGAAAAAGUAAACAAGACAAUUUCUGAAUGCCUGAACCUGAUCAAUAAGAAGGGAUGCCCAAAAGAAGAAAUUUUAGACACAUUGAAUGACCUGAUUCAUAAUAUUCCAGAUGCCAAAAAACUUGUUAAAUAUUGGAUAUGUCUUGUUCGUAUUGAACCAGUCACAAGUCCUAUUGAAAAUAUUAUCUCAAUCUAUGAGAAGGCCAUUCUGGCGGGGGCUCAGCCUAUUGAAGAGAUGCGACACAUAAUCAUAGAUAUUCUAACAACAAAGAGUCAAGAAAAAGUUCAUUUGGGAGAAAAUAUUGAGGAGGCUCAUGCAACCAAGGGACAUACCCUGGAAGUCAAAACUGAAGAAACAAGUGUCAGUGUAGAACCAGGAAAUCCAGAAGAAGAGCAUGAGUAUCAGAGGGAUGUUAAAGUUUGUGAAGACAACCAAGACAAAGAAACAAAAGAUCCAGCCCAAGAUUUUCUAACCCCUGAUUCAAAAACUGAAGCAGGUUGCCUAAUUAGAUAUAAUGUAUCUUCUACACCAGGCUUGCAAAGUAUGAAAAAGAAGAUGCAGCAUGGUAAUAAUUCCGCAUUUAAAGAGCUAAAGUUUCUCACACCAGUGAGGCGUUCACGACGCAUUCAAGAGAAGACUUUACAACUGCCAGAUAUGUUAAAAGACCACGACCCCUCUGUGUCCUCACUGGGACAGUUGUCUGAGUUGGGAGAGGAUGCUUUUGUUUGCCGCCCUAAUGCAGCACUGUGCCCUCUGUUCUCUGAAACUGACACGGUGGGAGAGAAAUAGCGCUCCUGAGAAAGGAUGGUGUUGUACUAUUCCCGUGGUGUUUGUUGUAUACAGCUUUGUGUGGGUCUGAAGUUGUCCGUGUACCUAUGUACAGUACAGUGAACUUUAUUAGCUUGUUUAUUGUUUUUAAAAUAUAAUGUUAGCUUCUUCACUUUACUAAUUACUUACAGGAAUGAAGCAUAAUUUGAAAGGGUAGUCUAUAUAAAUUUAUAUUUUACAUUGACUUUGUACCUAAUAUGUUUAUAAUAAAUAUAAUGUUCCAGUGA